AAAGACGUCAUUUUGUAACAAGCGUUCGUGCGUCGUGGGUGUGUCGAAGAAAAUUUGGAUAAUGUGUUAAACUUCUUUUCUUAAAAAAAAUUGGAUCUUAACGUUUUCGGAAAACUGUAUUUAUCAAAGGCAAACAGACAUUGCGAAGAGCGAGAACAUAAACAAAAUUGGACACAAAACUAAAGUUAACCAAAGCAAAACAUAGAAUUGAAAUUAGUGUUUUCUAAACUACAGACUAAAAAUUGUUAAUAAAGGAGAAGGGGCGUUAGAUAAAAAUAUUCAUUUACCCAAGGCUGUUGUUGAUUUACAAAAUUUCGUAAUAUUACAAAAAGCAAAUAUACCAAAAAAUUACAAAAUUUACCAAUGUAAAAAAAUUAUAAAGAAAACAUUAUUAUUUGAAUUAAUUGAUAAAGUGAAAGUGAAAAAAAUCCUAAAAUACUCAAAAAACACAAUACGAGCGGACGCAAAUAAAAAAUACAUUUCCAACUUAUUCUUCAAAUAAUUAAAGUUUUAUUAUAUUUUGACCUCAAACCAAAACUGAAAUAAAACAAUAUGAGUGGAUAUACAGAUUUAACAAAACUAGAAAAUACUAGAAAUUGUUUACGACGUAUUGCCCGCCAUGAUGAACUGCAAUUUUCAAAGGACAGUAUUGUCAACGUAAUGGAGAAAUUUGUCAAAACAGUUAAUGUAAUGGAUGAUACCAUAUUAGUUCCAUGCAGGCUCAUGGAUCGACAGGUGGGUGAUAGUACUGAUAUUAUACCAACUCCUGGUAAAGAUGUGACCUCAAAUCAGCAUACAUUUAUUCCUAAUGCCAAUGGAAAACGUAGUCCUGUUAAAUCCAAAAAUGUACAUGAGUUUCUUAACUCUUCAGAACUUUUUAAUUUGUACAACAUGUUAAAUGCUUUGAAGAACGAUCUUCUCUGGACUGGUAAAGAUGAUUCAGAAUAUUUGGAUGAACAGCAAAUCUCAAUUGAAAAUCAUGACAUUAAGACUGAAAACAUUGCAACACAGAGCACCAAUACAAACCCUCUCACAAACAACAGUAUAAUCAAAGGACACAUAAGACGUCCUUCGACAGCCUCUAUGGCUUCAAUUGCAUCAGUUAGUCAAAUGAGUGAUUCCGAAAGCGAUAUAUCACAAGAAAAUGAUUCUGGCGUUGAGUCAGAGUUUAACAAAAAUGGCAGUGGAUCAGAUUCGACCAGCAGCAGCAGUGAAGAUGGCCACAUGCAAAGUAAGAAAUUAAACAAUGCUGACAAAGCCACUGAACUCGCUAAGCGCUGCAGAAGACAUUUGAAUGGUUUAUAUCAGUGUCUUGAACAAAUGACAGAGGCAGCCAAUUAUCUGACUGCACGAUACCAAAACGAUAUUGGUGGCCCUGUAUAGAACUAAAUAAUUUCAUUAAACUAUUGGGUACUACACAACUGUAAAGUAAAAACACAGCUGGGUCAUGGGAUUUUUAUUACUCGCCAGAGGGUUAAUGGUACUAGCUUAUUGUUUUUUUUUUUGUAGGUCAUUCUAACUAUUAAAAGAAAGUAUAAAAGCCUGUUAAUGUAUAAAAUAUAAUAUAAACUUGGAUAUUAUUCUCUAGAGUUAGGACCAUUAUAAUUAUUAUUUAGGUAGAGAAAAUAGGUUUGAUGUUAAAACUAAAAUCACAACAAUUAAAAAAAAAAACAAAAAAAGAGCAAAACAAGCAAACGCUAUAUAUGAAAGAAAACCAUACACACAGACAAAUUGUAUAAAAUGAUAAAAACUUUAGUUGUAUUGGAAAAGACAAAAACAAACAAUCACAAGAAAACCCAACAACUUGACAAAACCGCGUAAAAUGGCACAAAUUAACAUGAUUUUAAAAUUCCAAAAAAACCUAAAUGUUACGAAAAUUAUGAAAGCUUUUUAAUAUUAUUAGAGUUUCAACUAAAUACACAUCUAAACAUAAGUUAAAUAAAAUACACAAUUAUAAUGUUAUGAAUUUGAAACUGUUGCGAACAAAAGAAGUAAAUAACACGAAUAAAAAACAUCUACUACUUACUAAUAGAUUGUAAAUAAGCUAAUGAAAAAGCUUACAGAAUCAGAGAUGAAAUGUGUAAAAGCUUUUCACAUUAAUGUUUAAAGCUAAAUAUGUAUUACUCAAUGCAUAUUUCUAAUAAUUUAACAAAAUUUUGCAUACACCUUGAAUUUGUUUGUAAAAAAUAUAUGUCUAUUACAAUCAUGCAAAUUCAAUAUAUUUUGUAUGCUAUAGAAUUCGAAAUUUUGUGUACAAGAAAACUAAUUAUCUUUCAAACAUUUUCAACGUUUUUUUAUAUUUAAUUUAAAUGAAAACAUUUUUAUAAAAAAAGUUUGCUUUGGGUACUUUUAAAUCUAGUUUUUUAUGUUUAAAACACAAUUUUUUUAUUUGAUUUUAAAGAAUACUUGUUGUUAAACAAAUUAUAAAGAAAUUAUUUAUAAUUUUUUAAAGUGUCAUUUUUAUCGUUGUCUGUUAUUGAUGGUUUAAAAAAAACUUAUAUGUAUAUAUUUUUAAUUGCUAACAACAACAAUGUGAUAAAGGCCCUCUAAAUCUUUAACACACCUUUUUCUAUUGUUGAAUUAUACAAAAAAUGUUUUUUUUUAGUUUUUAUCUAAUGUGUAUUUUGAUCAAUUAGUCAUCAACGUUUUUUUUAUUUUAUUUAAAAAUGUUUUUGUAAUACAAAAACAUUUUUUUUACGAAAAAGAAAUCAAAUUUCUAUUCCAUUUUAAUUUUAAAAGUAAAAUGCACCAUCGACAGUUGCAAUUUUACUUUUUGUAAUUGGCAUUAAAAUUUUUAUUUUUUGUAGAUUUAUAAAAAGUUCUCGUAAUAAAAUAUAUUAAGUUAUUCCUUUAUGUUAACAUAUUUAAUGAACUAAGUGUACAUAAGUAUAAAAAUGUAUUAUUAAAUACUAAAUAAAA